GUGGGAGCAGAUCCAGCCCCAUGCAGCAAGCCCAGCCUGAUGCACUAGCCAACGAGCUUUAAAGCUUAAAGCACUGCACUGCACCUCCAGCAGCACUGCACUGCUCCAUAUUCCUCCUUUUCUUUUUCUUCUCUGUCUCUAUCCCCCACUACCACGCUAUCACUCUGUUAGCCUUACGCUCAGCUUCUUCUACACACACUCGCUGCUCUGUCGGUCUCUCUUUCUCUCUCUUUCUCUAUUUUCCCCUUUCCCUGCCUCACUCCUUUCCUCUCUCACUCACUCACUCCCUCCCUCUCUCCCUCCCUUCUCUGGCUGUCCCGGGACACUCCUGCAGCUUCGGCUGCAUCACCUUGCAGUCCACGCGCUCGCCGCUGCCUGCCUGCAGUCCCCUCCCUCCACACUACUUCUCCUCCUUCAAUCUCUCUCUCGCUCUCUUUCUGUCUCUCUCUUUCUUUCUCUCUUUUUCUCUCUUUCUCUGCUUGCACCACCUCCUUCUCCUCCUUCUCUGUUCUUUUUUGCCUUUCCUCACCUGCUUUUCCUUUUCUCUAACUUGACAAAAUGUAUCAGAACCGGUGGAUCACCAACUAUCUCAGCCAUGUCAAGUUCUGUCAAGGCAUCACCAGUGAAACCGCCACCAAGGUCAGCAAACCUAAACUACAGCGUAGGGCACUUAGUUUUCAGAAACAGUUUUCAUUUGAGGAUAAAGACGAGGCAAACCAGACCAAUAAAGCUGUUGAUGCCAAUCCUUUGGUCACUCUACCCAAGGUCUCAGAGUUAAGGAAGCGAUUUGAAACCAUCAGCACGAGCCAGAGUGACUGCUGGAACAUGAACAGGAAGGAGCGCAUUGCACGGCGGCUGGAGGGAAUCGACAGCGAUAUACAGCUAUCCCUUCCCACCACUGGACUGGUGACCAAUCGGCUGCUAGAGGAGGACACGCCCAGAUAUACUCGAGCAGCAGAUUCGUGUGACCCAUGUACAGUUCCUGUUCAGCACUUUGGUAAAGAUGACCCCACUGUAUCCCGAGCCCACGCUGACCCCUCCUACAACCCCGUCUCAGUGGAUAAAUCAGAGCAGGAAUCUAAAGCUGAGCGCAUUGCCCGCUACAAAGCCGAGCGCCGCCGCCAACUCUCAGAGCGCUACCGCAUCCUCCUGGACGAAGAGUCCGAUCCGGCCUGUAGCAGCCACUACUCCAGGGUCCGGAGAGAGCCCGAGGGGUCCGACCGGCAGCACAAGCUGCUGGAGGAGGGAGCGGAGGAGGUAGAGCACAAUGCCCACACUUCACGCUCUCGUGCAGGACGGACCCCCGCUCAGACCGGCACGGAUCCGGACUACACCCGGGAGCUGUCCGGGUCGCUGUCUGAACACGAGCGCAGGAUGAACCUGGAGAACCAGCGGAGAGCUCAGGACCGAGGGGCAGUGCGUGGAGGAGGCGAGGCGGCUCCGGACCACUCAGCUUAUAUGGACACUUCCGGGAGUGCCAAAGCUCCAGCGAGAGAGCAUGGAUACACGGGGGUCACAGUGGUCCCCAGCUCUCCUAAAGCAGGCCAAACACCCAAACCGGCCUCCUCUCCUGGAGAUAUGUUCAUCGAGCAGCAGGCCCACCAAAUUCUUCACAGGCAAGGCUGCCAUAGCCAACCAACCAGUCAGUGGUCACUCCAGACUGACUCAGAAGGAGACACCACUUCCCCAAUCAACUGGCCUUCCAGAAUCCGAGUUAGGGAGAGACUGGCUCGUGAUGAGCCGCCGCACAGGAGUCCUGAACUGAGCUCUAGAUCAGAAGCUCUGCUUUACCGCCGCCACACGCAACCGCUCACCGGCUACCACGAGCGCUCGUCCUACCAGGAGCAGCCCAACCCACGCCUCCUUUACCAGCCCUCCCACCCACCACACUCCCGCUCUGACCGACAGCCUGAGCCUCAUCACCCUGGCUGCCAUGCCUACCUCUCCAUGGGUAGCGAGCCUGUCCCCCAGGUGUGGCAAGAAGCCGAGUUUGGGCUGGAGGAAGCGGGGAGUCAGAGGCAGGGCAGGCAGGAGGUAAGGGUGGAGGGGCUGCUGCGGAGCCGGAAGGCGGUUCUACCCUCUGAAGUUCAUCGGAGAGAGAGGAGCACGGAAGAUCCCACCCGUGGAAGAUUUGAAGGGAUGGACUUCCCGCUGCAACAUCAGGGUCAUUCUGAAGACCCUAGAGGGAGAAGGGGAGGGUGGUCGAGAAGGGAGGAAGCUACUGAGCAUGUAUCCAGACUUCAGGCAACUGAGGCAAUACACUCAAGAGCCAGGCAUGCCCAGGAAAGGACUGACGACUGGUAUCAACAACGAGUACCUAGCACUGGCUAUCCACAAGCCCAGGUUCCAGUACCAGUCCAAACCCAUGCUCAUGCUUAUGCUCCUCCUCCUGCUCUUGCUCAUGCUCAUGCUCCACCAGCUGGUGGCAGAUGGGCUCCAGACCCACCCAAACAGGUAUCACACUACUUACCAGAGACAGGGAGUGCCCAGAAACCUUCAGCUCCCAUCCAGGAGCCUUUCUAUAGUAGAGAGCUUGUCCCUCAAGAGACCAUUGCCAAUGGAGACCACUCGCCACCUGUUGAUGCUUUGAAGGUUUCAGUAGCCCAGCUCCGCCACUCCUACCUAGAGAAUGUGACCAGUCCACGCAAACCCGAACAGGUAGAGGGGUUGCCUGCGGUUGCGGAGGUGCCCUGGAGAAGCGAGAGAGCUGGGAACAAAUCCCGUCGCCCCCGGCGAUACAUAAUGCCCUCUGAGGAUAGAAAGACCUCAGAGAGGUUCAGAACCCAGCCGGUUACUUCGGCCGAGUGGCUGGAAUCUGAUAGGUCUUGCCCUGCCUCAGAACCACAAAUCGUUGAAGCGGAUGAGGAGAAGUUGGAUGACAGAGCGAAGAUGAGUGUUGCUGCCAAGCGCUCUCUCUUCAGGGAGCUGGAGAAGACUGUGGAUGGGGCAGCUGUAAAGCCACACAGUCAAAACGCUGCUAUAGCACGCAGACUGAGACGCAACCAGGAUCGCUACCGCACCCAGCCUGUCACUUCAGAGGAAGUAGUCAUUGCUGCUACUGUCCCUGGUGCUGUGUCACAGACUGUGUCUGUUCAUUCUUCAGUAGCACGUGUUCCUAGCCCCACUGUAGUCCACAGCUCAGUCACCCGCCACAGCUCUGUGGUAAGAGAACAGGCAAAGAAUGCCCGACUUCUUCAGGAAAGUUCAGAAGCAGAGAAGAGUGUCCACACUGUUCCUGCUGAUACUCACGAGGAGCCUGACCUGUCCACUCUCAGCCUGGCAGAGAAGAUGGCCAUCUUUAACAGGCUGACCCAGCAGUCCUCGCUCAGUCCCAUCACCCGCAGAGACAGCCGGUCCCGCCGCAGUAACGCCCGCUACCAGACCCAGCCCAUCACACCUGGAGAGGAUGGCUCGGAUUCUGAACUUUUUGAGGAGGAAAUGCAGAACUCAGAUGGACUGAGUGAUCUGGACCAUAUUGGAGGCGGGUCUCAUUUAAGCUCGGCCUCCUCCAUCAAGUCUUCCACAGUGUCUACAGCACAUGCUGGUGACAUCCAUCUGACCACGCCCGUGUCCACUGUGGCCUAUGAUGAGAGAGUGCUGCCCCCCUGGCAGCAGCCAACUACGGUGGUCCAGAACCAGAAAGGCCCAUCUGAACUGCCUGUAGGUCAGAGAGAGGAGGGGAAGAGGAAACUGCCCUCCCCAGACAGCGUGAAACAGCCAGCCCGAGAGUGGGAGGAGCAUCGGGGGUACACCAAGACUGCGGUGACCUCUGACUUCCAGGAGACGGACGGUCAACAGAGGUCAAAUAUGUCAGUUUCGGGUCUCCCAGAGCAGCCAGUUUCAGUGCGAGCCGUACCACAGUCCUCAUCCUCAAACUGGAGCGCCGCACUCACACCGCACACACACACUCACCCACACUCUGCACAGCCCCCCGAGCCCAGCAGAACCUUCCCUGAGGAGAGGGAGAGGAAACGAGAGCGGGACAGAGACCUGUACGCUGAAGAGGCAGACGAGCUGGCAGACAUCAUGUCAUCCCGACAGAUGUCCAUCAAAGAGAGGCUGGCUCUGCUGAGGAAGAGCGGUGAGGAGGACUGGAGGAACAGGAUCAAUAAGAAGCAGGACGUUGUGCAGGUGGCCAUUUCUGAGAGACACGCUCAGCUCUGGGAGGUGGAGCAGACCUUCAAGAAGAAGGGCAAUGGGAUGAUAGAUGACUUUGCGGUGUCUGAUCAGCUCUGGGAACCUGUCUUUUCCUCCACUUUUUCCUGUGCCUCUGAACCACUGGAUCAAAUUGAGCCCCCUCCCCAGGCCAAACCCCUGCCUGUGCAGGUGGAUGAUCUUCACCCGUGGAGACGCAAGAGGAUUGGAAAUGAGGUGGUGGAGAGUCACCACAUGGAGCGGAUGGAGAUGUCCAUCCACGAGCGCAAGCAGCUCAUCACAGCCCGAGAGGAUGCCUGGAAGUCCAAAGGUUACGGAGCUGCCAAUGACUCCACCCAGUUCACUGUGGCUGGCCGGAUGGUGAAAAAAGGUCUGGCAGCCCCCACAGCACUCACAAAUCCCCCCCUGACCCCUACAUCCUCCAAAAACAAGAAUACCAUCAGUAAACCCCAGGAAGAAACGAAGGACACUGAAGAGAUCGAAGUCAGACAGGAUAUGAAAGUGGAGUCUGACAGGAAGCUGGACAAGCUGGAGUCCUUCCUGGGCCGACUGAACAAGCAAGUGGAGGGUUUUCCAGAGACCACACUAACAGUCACAGAGAAGACUGUGAAGGAGGUCAUGACCCUGGAUGAUGAGUGCUUUGAUAAGUUCUACAGGCACACAGAGGAGCUGGCCAACGUCACCGGCAAAGUGGAAAUCAGCGAUGAUUUUGAUGCCAUUUUUGGAACACAGAUGCCAAAGCUGACUUCAGAGAUGGUGCAGCACAAGCGGGCAGUGCGUCCAGCCCGGAACGUGCAGUCUUCCAGAAACCCUCUGAAGCUUCUGGCCUCAAGAGAAGACAUCAGGCAUGAAUACACAGAGCAGAGGCUGAACAUUGGCAUGCUGGAGAGCAAGAGGAUCAAGCAGGAGAAGAUGAGUAAGAACAGUGGAUUCUCAGCAGUGGCUCUGGCAGGCUUGGCGAGUAAGGAGAAUUUCAGCAGUGUCAGUCUGCGCAGCGUCAACAUCACAGAGCAGAGCUCCCACAGCAGUGCAAUGCCCUACAAAAGCACCAUGCUCAUGCAGGUCAAAGGUCGACGGCAUGUUCAGACCAGACUAGUCGAGCCCAGAUCGUCCUCCCUGAACAGUGGAGAUUGCUUCCUUCUGGUCACCCCGCACCACUGCUUCAUCUGGGUUGGAGAGUUUGCGAACGUUAUCGAGAAAGCUAAAGCUGCAGAGCUGGCAACCUUCAUACAGACCAAGCAUGACCUGGGCUGUAGAGCCUCGUAUGUGCAGACCAUAGAGGAGGGAUGCAACACCCACAGCCAUGCAGCUAAGGAAUUCUGGAAGAUCCUGGGUGGGCAAGCAAGUUACCAAGCUGCAGGAACUCCAGAGGAGGAUGAGUUCUAUGAGACGGCCAUAGUGGAGACGAACUGUGUCUACAGACUGCAGGAAGAUAAACUGGUGCCUGAUGAUGAUUACUGGGGCAGAGUGCCCCGCUGCUCCAUGCUCAACCCCACUGAGGUGCUGGUGCUGGAUUUUGGCAGCGAGGUGUAUGUGUGGCACGGUAAAGAGGUGACAUUAGCCCAAAGGAAAGUGGCAUUUCAGCUGGCCAAGCACCUGUGGAAUGGCACCUUCGAUUACACAACCUGUGAUAUCAACCCUCUCGACCCAGGAGAGUGUAACUCACUUAUACCCAGGAAAGGACAGGGCCGGCCGGACUGGGCCGUGUUUGGUAGGCUGACCCAGCACAACGAGACCACGCUGUUUAAGGAGAAGUUUCUAGACUGGACUGACUCCAAGAAAGCUGCGAAGAAGAAUGGCAACACACAAGAGGUUGAAGAGAAGGAUGGGCAGAGUGGUGAAUGCCGACCGUAUGAUGCCUCUCUGAUGUUGCCGUUGUCGCAAGCCCCUGUACGGACCAUUCUAGACGGAGUGGAUGUGGGUCGUGGUUAUGGAAUGGUGGACGGAGAGGAUGGGCGGGGCUUUGAGAUCAGCACCCUGUCUGUAGAUGUUUGGCACAUUCUGGAGUUUGACUACAGUCGUCUUCCUAAGCAGAGCAUUGGGCAGUUCCAUGAAGGAGAUACAUAUGUGGUUAAAUGGAAGUAUAUGGUCAGCACAGCAGUUGGGAAGAGGUUUCAUUCUGAGCGGGUUGUAGGUCCAGGAAAGGAGAAGUGUUCGUAUUUCUUCUGGCAGGGCCGUAACUCCACAGUGAGUGAGAAGGGAACAUCAGCUCUGAUGACUGUGGAGUUGGAUGAGGAGAGAGGAGCACAGGUCCAGGUGCUGCAAGGGAAGGAGCCCCCCUGUUUCCUGCAGUGUUUUAAUGGAGGGAUGAUUGUUCAUGCAGGAAAAAGGGAAGAGGAGGAGGACAACGCUCAGAACGACUGGCGGUUGUACUGUGUUCGAGGAGAGAAGCCGAUUGAAGGUCACCUGCUGGAGGUGCUCUGUCACUGCAGCAGCCUUCGCUCUCGGACUUCCAUGAUUCUACUGAAUAUCCCCAAAGCCAGCAUGUACCUGUGGCACGGCUGCAAGGCCCAGAUGCACACGCGCGAUGUGGGCCGCACUGCUGCCAACAAGAUCAAAGAGCAGUGUCCUUUGGAGGCGGGGCUUCACAACAGCAGUAAAGUGACCAUUCAGGAGUGUGAUGAAGGAACAGAACCAGUUGGCUUCUGGGAAGCUCUGGGCAAGCGGGACCGGAAGGCAUAUGACUGCAUGAUCCAUGAUCUAGGCAAGUUUAACUUCACACCUCGACUGAAUCAGCUGAGCAGUGCUUCAGGAGAGUUCACUGCUGUGGAGUUUAACUGUCCAUUCAGAGAACCCAAACUGGUCAACUCCAUGCCUUUCCAUCAGGAGGAUUUAUACACUGCAGCUCAGCCAGCUCUGUUUUUGGUGGAUAAUCAUCAUGAGGUGUACCUGUGGCAGGGCUGGUGGCCUCAGGACAGUGAGAACACCGGCUCAGCCCGUAUCCGCUGGGACUCAGACAGGAAGUGUGCAAUGGAAACAGUGCUGCACUACUGCAGAGAAAAGAAUGAGAAGAAGCCUCCAAAAGCCUACUUGAUCCAUGCUGGUCUGGAGCCUCUUACCUUCACCAACAUGUUCCCCUGCUGGGAGCACAGAGAGGACAUCGCAGAGAUCACAGAAAAGGAAGCAGAAGUGUGUAAUCAGAUCAUUCUGGUGGAAGAUGUGUUGGCCAGACUGUGUAAGGCCACCUAUCCACUGGCGGACCUGCAGGCCCGGCCGCUUCCAGAAGGUGUUGACCCUCUGCGGCUGGAAAUCUACUUAUCAGAUGAAGACUUUGAGGGUGUAGGGGCCUAUGGUAAGAAAGCACUGGAGAUGACGAGGAGUGAUUACGAGACGCUGCCGGGAUGGAAGCAGGUGAACGUGAAGAAGGCUAAAGGAUUGUUUUAGCUGGGUUUGGGGAGUCUGUGUGUGUUUCAGAUGGGGCGAUAAUCGCUGUGGACUGAGACUGAGUGCAUGAGAUGGAACGAGCAUGUGGGGAAACGUCAUGCUCCCUUUCCGACUGGACUGCAGACACACGGGUGCGGAUCCACAGGUGUUGGUCCAAUGGAAAGGGCAGUAUGAGGAGGAAGGUGGGAGUGGUGGAUGUGGACGGAGGUCAGCAGAGGUUAACCAGCCUCGUGUAGCAUAUCUCUUUCCUUCUCUCUCUUUGUUUGAUUCCAUUUGUUUUGUUUUGUUCACUUUUGGAAAAUGUAAAGAAGUGUAAAUGAAUAGUGGAAAUUGUGAUGCUUUUUUUUCUUUCAUUUUUUUGUGUUGAAUGUUUUCUUUUUGUGCAUUCAUUCCAAUACAUAUCCUUGUAGUAGGAGCUGCCAUACUGUUACCUCUGAGCACAGAGUCUGAAACAGUGCAGGCAGUGUCCAGCGUUCACCACCAGUCUGUAUUUAGUUUUGAUGUGUUUGUUAUAAUUUAUAAUUCUAUUAUAAAAGCUGUGGGAAUACGUGUACAGUAAGACGUCUGGAUUGUAACACUGUUACUGUCAGGAGUAAUAAUGUAAUGAUCCAGUCUAAUGCCACUCACAGACUGACCCACAUGCCAUCACUAAUUCCUCUGGUACCACAGGGGUACAGAAGUUGUGUGUCUGUGUGUGUGUGUUGUAUUCAUGAGUGUGUAUGUAUGUGUGUGUGUGUGUGUAUGGGGCAGUGUGGUUGUAUUGCGUCAGCCUCAUUUCAUUUAAUAUAAUAGAAAGAAGAAGGUGAAUCAACUCCCCUUACUACUACAGUGUAUAGUGCCUUCGCUUUCAUGUACAGUUUAUAUAAAGAACUAUAGUAUGCAAUUUUAUGAAUUUUGUGAAUAUAUAAAUAUGAUGAAAAUAAAAUAUAUAAAUCUG